AUUAAAUAUUCACAGAUGUUUCUCACCCGCUCUGAAUAUGAUCGUGGAGUAAAUACGUUUUCUCCUGAAGGAAGACUCUUUCAGGUGGAAUAUGCUAUCGAAGCUAUUAAGCUGGGAUCAACCGCCAUUGGCAUAUGUACAUCAGAAGGUGUUGUAUUGGCUGUUGAGAAACGCAUUACUUCCUCACUAAUGGUGCCAAGCACAGUGGAGAAAAUUGUAGAAGUCGACAAACACAUUGGCUGUGCCACAUCUGGUUUAAUGGCUGAUGCAAGAACUUUAAUAGAGAGGGCACGGGUGGAAUGUCAAAAUCAUUGGUUCGUUUAUAAUGAGCGUAUGUCUAUUGAAUCGUGUGCACAAGCUGUGUCUGCUUUGGCUAUACAGUUUGGUGAUAGUGGUGAUGGCGGUUCCGCUAUGAGUCGGCCAUUUGGCGUUGCAAUUCUCUUUGCAGGAAUAGAGGAAGGCAAACCACAACUUUGGCACAUGGAUCCAUCUGGUACAUAUAUUAGAUAUGGCGCAAAAGCCAUUGGAUCUGGUAGUGAAGGUGCCCAGCAGAACUUACAAGACAAUUACACUGCUGAAAUGACCUUAAAUGACGCCAUUGUUUUGGCACUGAACACCUUGAAACAGGUAAUGGAGGACAAAAUAAAUUCCACCAAUGUUGAAGUGAUGACAAUGACGCCGGAGAAAUUAUUCCGCAUGCAUACAAAAGAAGAAGUGGAGAAGAUCAUCAAUGAUUUGGCUUAA